AUGUUCACGCCAAAUAAAGCCCUCUUCUUGUCAUCCUCUUUCAAUUCUCGUCCAACAAUCAAGCACACAGCAACAUCGCUACAAAUUUUGCUCUCUCAACCUACCACAGCCACCAGACACACUCUCAAACAAUUCUUGCUUCUCUACAACAAACAUAAGCUACCCCUUGCUCUUUGCCACAAAGAUUCUUUCUCACCCCAAUCCUUCACAUGUCUUGAGACUUCCUUUCCCAUGAAGAUCGGUGUCAAGCCUUCAGAUUUGGCAUACCACGUUUUCAACACUUCGCAUCCCCUCACUCUAUACAAGGAAGAGCUGUUGGCAGGCAUUGUGCAUUUUCCGAAAUACUCGAGAGAAGCAUUCCUCAAAGAUAUCGCUGCUCAUUCUAAUCUCAAACCUGUAUCUGGAUCGGACUCUUUCACCUUGACUCCUUUACCUUCCACACGAAACUCAGAUUCUUCGACACUGGCUCAGGAAACUUUCCAAUUUCACAACGACCAGAAGGCCAUACUGGAGAAUUUGACACUUGACUUACAAACCAAACUCGGCACAAAGCGUUGGGUUUUUGGCGGUGACUCUUCUGCAGAAGGACCCACCUACGACUAUUCACAGAUAUCUGGGAUUGAUAAUUCAGAAAGCACUGGCGAGACGAGCACUUUUUCAGAGCAUACGACCAAAUUGGCUCUUCUGCAAUACGCCUGGACAAAACUGUGGGCGGCAUUGUUACAUAAGGAGUACAACGGCGUUGAUUUGGAAUUAACAGACUGGUUACUAGAAGAAUACUCACUCCAGGCGCCUACUCUGAUCAAGAAGAAAAAUAACAAGAACAAUGGUUCAUUAUGA